AUGCAGCGUGUCUACAUGCAGAGCAACGAGCACUUCCAGGUUUUCACCACCGUCCUCGCACCACAAGCGAGGUGUCGCCACAGGGCAGAGGCCGAGAAGAUGGUGGCGGUGCACAGCUACAAGCCCCGCUGGCCGGACGAGCUGGAGCUCUCUCCGGGCGACGUCAUCAUGGCGCUGUCCAAACACGAGGAGGAGCGGUGGCUCGGCCGGCUGCAGAAUGGCCAGCAGGGCUACUUCCCCGCCUCCUGUGUGAUGGAGCUGGGCCAGGGGAGCGCGUCCGCCAGAGACCCACGGAGGACGUUGUCUUUGAGGAUUUCAGGCUGGGACGGCGCCUCAGACCAAGGAAGCGGACACAGGCUGCAGGCCCUCAGGAGGGGGAGCAGAAGAGGAGGAGGAGGAGGAGGAGGUGGAGGAGGAGGACCGGGAGAAGAGGGGCUGGAAGGGGGCCGCGGGGAGAGGGAGGGCCCCUUCCUGGUGCUGAGGCCCCAGAAGCCCCGGUCCCUGCCCCGGCCCCCGGACUCCCAACCCCCGGCGCAGAGAUCGCCGGGCCUGCUCCGCAGGAUCCUGUCCAAGCGGCGGAGAAAGAGAGAGUGCCAGGGGGCCACCAACGGGGCCUUCGAGGCCGACUGA